AGUCGACUACCCUCCGUCGGAGCGGUCGGACGUCUGGGAAACGCGCGGAAACUCUUUAAAGAAAAUAUACCGCGGCGAGUUCGAAUAUAAGUUUCGUUGAACGAAAGCAGAAUUAUUUAAGGUUUCAUUAACAAGUUCAUUCGAUUUCUAAAUAUCACAUUAACUUUAAAGACCUUUUUUUUAUAAAUUCUAAAUACCAGCUUCAAUCAUUAUCAAUGUUGCUAAUGAAUUGAUUCGAUGAUUUUUUUUCAAAAAUAAUAAAAUGGCUCUAAGUUCGCUACACCCGUCAAACAUGCUUGGCGAACUUGGCCGUCUCGCAAACUGGCUCAGGGGUGACUGCCUAGCGCCUGAAGAGUAUGCUGGCCUGGCGGUCACGGAGAAGCUGGAAAAUGUACAACUACUGGAUAAGUACAACCUGCGGAACCCUUCGAAGGGCACGCUCUACUUCGCCACGACACAUCUCAUAUUUGUCGACCAUGAGAUGAGGAAGGAGACGUGGAUACUCUUGACGCACAUAUCUUCGGUGGAGCGGCUGCCCAUCACGACCGCAGGGUCUCCGCUACUCGUGCGCACGAAGACAUUCCAGUCUUUGUUCUUCGUGAUCCCGCGCGAGAGAGAUUGUCAUGAGAUGCACCAGACCCUACUGCGACUGAGUCAGCCUGUUCACAUCGACGAGCUUUAUUGCUUCCAUUACAAAUCGACGCCAGACGACCUCCCCAAGUCGGCUGGGUGGAACUUCUUCGACACACAGACCGAGUUUCAGAGGAUGAACGUGCCAAACGAUCAGUGGGUGCUGUGUACGGCCAAUAAAGAUUAUGAGCUAUGCGACACGUAUCCAAGCGAAAUAUACGUGCCGGCUCGCGCAUCCACCGCUGUUCUGCUGGGAAGCGCUAGUUUCCGGUCUCGCGGUCGACUCCCGGUCCUCGCUUACCUUCACCACAAUAAAGCGGCUAUAGCGCGCUGCAGUCAGCCGCUGAGCGGGUUCUCGGCCAGAUGCAUGGAAGAUGAACAGAUGUUGGAUUUGAUCAGACGCGCGAAUCCUAACUGCGGAUAUAUGUACGUGGUGGACACACGACCUAGGAUCAACGCAAUGGUGAAUCGUGCGGCGGGCAAGGGUUAUGAAAACGAGGCGUUCUAUGAGAACAUCAAGUUCCAGUUCAUGGGCAUAGGAAACAUACACGUGAUGAGGAAGAGUUUGCAGAAGUUGGUUGAAACGUGUGAUCAAAACACUCCAACAAUGUCAUCGUUUUUGAGCGGCUUGGAGUCUUCCGGCUGGCUGAAGCAUAUCAAGUCGAUCCUGGACACGUCGUGGUGGAUGUCGUGCGCGAUCGCCCGCGGCGUGAGCGUGUGCGUGCACUGCAGCGACGGGUGGGACCGCACGGCGCAGGUGUGCUCGCUCGCCGCGCUGUGCCUCGAGCCGCACUACCGCACCAUCAACGGAUACCAGGCGCUGAUUGAGAAGGACUGGCUGUCGUUCGGUCACAAGUUCACAGCCCGGUGCGGGCACAUCGCAUGCGACGGCCGCGAGCGUUCGCCCGUCUUCACACAACUCCUGGACUGCACGUGGCAACUGCUCCGGCAGAGACCUGAGGCGUUCCAGUUCAACGAGAGAUUUCUGUUGACGUUGCACGACCACGCGCAUGCGUGUCAGUAUGGCACGUUCGUCGGCAACUGCGAGAAGGACCGACGGGAUCUUAGAUUGCCGGAGCGUACAUUCUCGCUAUGGGGCUACAUGGCGAGCCAUCUCAACGAGUACAAGAAUCCCCUGUACAACCCCAAGGCACAUCCCGAUGUAUUGAAACCGGAUUUGAGCGCUCAGAGUAUAAGGUUCUGGCGCGGCAUGUACUGCCGGCACGAGGGCGGCGUGCACCCGCGCGAGCCGCUGGCGGACCUGCUGCCCGCCGCCGUGGACCACUGCUCCGCGCUCGACCACCACAUCAACUACCUCGCCAAGAGAAUAAACACGUUCAAGAAUCUUCUAUCAGGCAAGAAGGCUGACAGGAGCAAGGAGACCGCGGUGGUCAACUAUCAGAACGGAAAUGUGAACACCGUCGAAAUCGAGACCAAGAUUGAGACAAUGCAGAUCGAUAAUAAAUUACUGUACGAGUCCGGAGGAACGCUGUCUGAACUGGAGUGCGCCAACCACGAUCAUCCUUUGAAAGAAGUGAUUGCGCCUGCGCAGAUUAAGCCCAGCAAAAUCCCGCUCAUCACUGAGAAGUUGGACGAGUCGAUACCGGCGAGCCUGGCGCAGCUCGAGCAGGAGGUGAACACGGUCGCGUUGGACUGGAAAAGUGUCAAGAACGUCACCGAGUGCAGCUGCUCCACGCCGCUCGACCACUAUAGUAGAAAGCACCACUGCUGGGGCUGCGGGCGCUGCGUGUGCACGCGCUGCGUGUGCCGGCGCGCGGCGCUGCCGGCGCUGUCGUGGCCGCGCGCCGUGCCGCUGUGCGCCGCCUGCGACGCCGCCGACGAGCCGCCGCCGCACGCGCACCAAAUAGCCACUAACGCCAACUAAAAUAGAAGAGAAUUAAUUAAAAUAACAUUAAUUUAUGCUAAGUAAGCCGCUUUCGUUUACAACUAUAUAGAUUUACAUAUUCCAUUAGAUAUUUUAAUGAAAUGUGCUCCCUUCUACCAGUAAACAUUACCACACUUCAUCAAUGUUUUAACUUAUUUCUACUGUAUACAAAACAGUGAUUAAAUUAACCAUCUAUUGGGAAUGUUUAUUGACAAUAAAGGGUUUUAACAUUUUAAAUACAUGUACUUAUAUUAAGGUGCCACUUGUACUGGUGAAUAUCUUGUAAUAUCACUUGGUGUUAUCAACCUCAGCGUAUAGGCACGAGUCGUGAGCACACUCGUGAUUGGUCGAUUUGAAAUUCAACACGCCGAUGUGUAACGCUAUUGGUUACUUAGUCGAUGCUUGUUGUCUCUUGGCUUAUAUGUCCUGUGCGGCUACUAUAGACUUGUACACAACCUCUUCUUCAUCACUGUUCAUUUGUGCUCAUGACUUGUGCCGUUUACCGUAUGUAUAUUUAUGGUUCCUUAUUACAAUUAGAGUUCCCAUUUUUGGAGUAAUGUUUAAUGCGCAUUACUGGGGCUAUACUAAGAUUAAAGUUUUCCACAAUUUAUGAGUAAUUUAGCCUGUGUCCGGACAGUAAAACACAGAAUGAAAACCAUUUAUCCAUUUUGGCCUGUGGUCUUAUGGUGAACGUCAACGACAUCGCAAUAAUAGGGCGUCAAAAUGUUACCAUAGAUCAAAAUUAAACUUUGAAUGUCAAACCAGUAUCACAAAUUAUUCUGUUAACGUUAUUUAUCAACUUUUCGUCUCGAUUAAUCUAAUUAUAUGAUUACAUGUUAGUGUGACCCCAGGAUAAUGAUAAGUGUUUAGCCGAAAAGUAACAUAAUUGUUCAGCCAAGUAUAUGAAUGUAUUAGAUAGCCAAUUAAUACGUUAUUAGCAUAAACAAUGUCAUUGUAAUAAUACUCAUGCAUUGUAUUUGUAAGUAUGAUUUUUAUUGAAAGUCGUAAUGGCGCGCUGCGAUCAUUGUGUAUUUCCACCUCUGAAGGUAAUUCAGUAUUUGUAUAUAUAGAUUUUGGGGUGAUCUGGCAGUUAAAUAAUUCAGUUGAUUUACUAACAUUUCACCCCACUUAUAUUUGUGUAUUCGCGUACGUCGAAUUUUGCGCAGUGUACAUACUUUAUAGUUUCCAGCUCUCUGUAAAUUAUUUCACACUGAUUAUUCCGUCUAUUGAAAUCACUUUUGAACCAUGUUACCCAUAAAUUUCGGUGGUAAUGUGGGUGUUCAUUGACGGUAGUGAUACUACCGUUAAAUAACCCACCAACUUUACCACUUUUCAAUUUAAAAAGGUUUUAUAUUUAUUUUGUAAAUUUAAUCCAUUUUUAUCUUUACAAAGAUAUUUUACACUGUGGAAGCAGGGAUAGUCCAAUUGUAAAGUUAAUUUUAAAUUAAGUAUUUGGCAUUUAGUAGUUGAUACUAAAUAAUUGUAGGAUAAGUUAUGGAGAUGCAGAAAUUAUUGUUCAUAAUAUUAACAGUUUGAUAAUUAAAAAAAAAUAUAUGCGAGCUUGCUUGUGAAAUGUUAGAUAUUAAUGGGUAUGUUCUCUGAGGACAAAAUAACAUAUAAAAUCGUGUAUGUAGUAUUUUGUUUCGUUUUUGGCAUCAUAGGCUUUACAAUAAACACAAUUAUUUACAAUGGCCAAUCAUGGCGAGUGUAACUCGUUUCCUACUAAAAGCUUUGAUUUAUUAUGUUAUUAAAUAUUUAAAUUAAAUCUAUUUUUUGGAAUAUGGGAAGACAAAAUAAAAAAAGUCUUUAGGCUGUCUUCAAAGACGUAAUUAAAAUUAUAAUCCAAAAUUAAGAAUACAAUAUAAUGUAACGAUUUAUAAGGUUCGCUCAGUUACACCUUUUUGUGUAUGAUUGGUGACCCUUCCAUUUAAUUUUGUAUAUUCGUAUUGUAUGAUUUUUGCUAUUAAGUACAUCCCUGAAAAUUGUAAAUAGAUAAAUGAUAAAAAAUAAUAAGUGUACAAUAAUAUGUGUAUAUCUGUGAUUAAAUGUAUUAUUAUGAAACGG